UAAAGAAUGGUUUGCAUAAUAUUAUGCAAUUAGGAGGUAAAUAAAUUCUACAUUUUUUCAAUUUCGUCCACCGACACCACAAUCUUCACUUUUAGCCGUACCGUAAAAAGCUGCCGCCAGUUUUGUUACGGUCAGCUCCGAUCGGCACCGUCACUAUUCUUUUGAGUCUGUACCGUUCAUAAAUCUCGUCGGCUGUGAGGCUUUCACUACAUCAAAGGUCUCUCCUUGGGUAAAUUCUGUUCCUUUCUCUUUCUACUGUCUUUCAGCUCCUCUCUUGUAGGGUAACCGCCUCUCAUCACAUAUAUAUAUAGGUAGGUGUUCCAUUUGAUUUUUUGGUUCUUUUUUCUUUGGAUUUGAUCGGAGAUGGUUUUCGUAAAAUCGCCGAACAACAAAACCCUAUCUUUACACCUCAACCCUAACACCACCACUCUCUCCGCCCUUAAACACCAUAUCCAAUCUGAAUCACAAAUUCCUGUCUCUCAUCAACAUUUUUUAUUACCCCAAUGUAACCCUAACAAUACCUUUCUUUCCCAACUGGGAAUCACCUGCUAUUCUACCCUUACUUUGUACAUCCCCUUCCAUGGCGGCAUGCAAACGCCUGCCCCACCAAAACCCCGACUCGAUUUCCUGAACUCAAAACCGCCACCUAACUAUGUCGCUGGUCUUGGUCGUGGUGCUACUGGGUUCACUACCCGGUCUGAUAUUGGUCCGGCUCGAGCUGCUCCCGAUCUUCCUGACCGAUCUGCUACCACUAUUGGAGGAGCAACCGGCUCCGGAGCUGGGAUGGGCCGUGGAAGGGGAAAAGGAGGUGAAGAUGAAGAUGACGACGACGGAGACGAUAAGGGUUAUGAUGAAAACCAGAAAUUUGAUGAAUUUGAAGGGAAUGAUGUCGGAUUGUUUGCUUCCGCGGAGUAUGAUGAAGACGAUAAGGAAGCUGAUGCCGUAUGGGAAGCAAUUGAUAAGAGGAUGGACUCACGAAGAAAGGAUAGGAGAGAGGCGAGGCUGAAGGAAGAGAUUGAAAAGUAUCGUGCUUCAAAUCCAAAGAUAACUGAGCAGUUUGCUGAUUUGAAGAGGAAGUUGUAUACUUUAUCGGCUUCGGAGUGGGAAAGCAUACCGGAUAUUGGUGAUUACUCGUUAAGAAAUAAAAAGAAGAGAUUUGAGAGCUUUGUGCCUGUACCUGAUACCCUUCUUGAAAAAGCUAGGCAAGAACAGGAGCAUGUUACUGCUUUAGAUCCAAAAAGUAGAGCUGCUGGUGGGACUGAGACGCCAUGGUCUCAGACCCCUGUUACUGACUUGACUGCUGUUGGUGAAGGGAGAGGUACUGUUUUGUCAUUGAAGUUAGAUAGGUUAUCAGAUUCUGUUUCGGGGUUGACUGUGGUGGAUCCUAAAGGAUAUUUGACUGAUUUGAAGAGUAUGAAGAUUACUAGCGAUGCUGAGAUUUCUGAUAUUAAGAAGGCUAGGUUGUUGUUAAAGAGUGUUAUUCAGACUAACCCAAAACAUCCACCUGGGUGGAUUGCUGCUGCUAGGUUGGAAGAGGUGGCUGGGAAGAUUCAGGCAGCUAGGCAGUUGAUUCAAAGAGGUUGUGACGAAUGUCCUAAAAAUGAAGAUGUUUGGUUAGAGGCAUGUAGGUUGGCUAGUCCUGACGAUGCUAAAGCAGUUAUAGCUAAGGGAGUGAAGAGUAUACCCAAUUCUGUUAAGUUGUGGUUGCAGGCUGCAAAACUGGAACAUGAUGAUGCGAAUAAAAGUAGGGUGUUGAGGAAGGGUUUAGAGCAUAUUCCUGAUUCAGUUAGGUUAUGGAAAGCUGUUGUGGAGUUGUCUAAUGAGGAGAAUGCCAGAACCUUACUUCAUAGAGCGGUGGAGUGUUGUCCUUUACAUGUUGAAUUGUGGUUAGCAUUGGCAAGAUUGGAGACAUAUGACAAUUCUAAGAAGGUACUGAACAGGGCCAGGGAGAAGUUACCAAAGGAGCCGGCUAUAUGGAUAACUGCUGCCAAGUUGGAGGAGGCAAAUGGUAAUACAUCAAUGGUUGGAAAGAUUAUUGAGAGAGGUAUUAGGGCUUUACAGAGAGAAGGGUUAGCGAUUGAUAGGGAGGCAUGGAUGAAGGAGGCUGAGGCAGCGGAAAGGGCAGGUUCUGUGGUGACUUGUCAAGCAAUUAUUAAGAACACGAUUGGGAUUGGAGUGGAGGAAGAGGAUAGGAAGAGAACGUGGGUGGCUGAUGCAGAGGAGUGUAAGAAGAGGGGGUCUAUUGAGACUGCUAGAGCUAUAUAUGCUCAUGCGCUAACUGUGUUUUUGACGAAGAAGAGUAUUUGGCUUAAGGCAGCACAACUUGAGAAGAGCCAUGGGACCAGGGAGUCUCUUGAUGCUUUGCUGCGCAAGGCAGUUACUUAUAGGCCACAAGCCGAGGUUCUAUGGCUUAUGGGUGCUAAAGAGAAGUGGCUUGCUGGUGAUGUGCCUGCUGCUAGGGCUAUUCUUCAAGAAGCUUAUGCAGCUAUACCAAACUCUGAGGAGAUUUGGCUUGCUGCAUUUAAGCUUGAAUUUGAAAAUCACGAGCCUGAAAGAGCUAGAAUGCUGCUUGCUAAGGCAAGAGAAAGAGGUGGUACUGAAAGAGUGUGGAUGAAGUCUGCCAUUGUUGAGAGGGAACUUGGGAAUACUGAGGAGGAGAGGAGAUUGCUGGAUGAAGGUUUGAAGCGAUUCCCGUCAUUCUUCAAAUUGUGGUUGAUGCUUGGGCAGCUUGAAGAACGGCUUGGUCAGUUUGAAAAGGCUAAGGAAGUGUAUGAAUCAGGUUUGAAGCACUGCCCAAGUUGUAUACCUCUUUGGCUUUCUCUUGCCAAUCUUGAAGAGAAAAUGAAUGGGCUGAGCAAAGCUCGCGCGGUACUCACCAUGGCAAGGAAGAAGAAUCCUCAAAACCCUGAACUAUGGCUUGCUGCUGUGCGUGCUGAAUCAAGGCAUGGAAAUAAGAAGGAAGCUGAUAUCUUGAUGGCAAAGGCUUUGCAGGAGUGUCCAAACAGUGGCAUUUUGUGGGCAGCAUCUAUCGAGAUGGUUCCACGUCCACAGCGCAAAAGCAAGAGUAUGGAUGCCCUCAAGAAAUGUGAUCACGAUCCUCAUGUUAUUGCUGCUGUGGCCAAGUUGUUCUGGCACGAUAGGAAGGUAGAUAAAGCCAGAACCUGGUUGAACAGAGCAGUUACUCUUGCUCCGGACACUGGGGAUUUCUGGGCAUUAUAUUACAAAUUUGAACUUCAGCAUGGCACUGAGGAAAACCAGAAGGAUGUGUUAAAGAGGUGUGUCGCGGCAGAACCAAAGCAUGGCGAGAAAUGGCAAGCCAUUUCAAAGGCUGUAGAUAAUGCCCACCAACAGACUGAAGCUAUCCUGAAGAAGGUGGUCCUUGCACUAGGAAAGGAAGAGAAUGCUGCUGAAAAUAAUACCCUAGUCGCAUCUAAGCCGUAGUGCCUGUCCUUAUUUGUUUGUUUAAUAGACUAUUUUGAUCUUUCCUAGUGUAACAGUUUACCUUCUUGCAAAGUUUGAGGAUACUGAAAAAGAAUUUAAUUUCUUAAUUUCCCUUCCUAAUUGUGGCUUUGGCUAGCCAAGCAGCCAAGUAGGACUAAGUGGUGCAGUUCUAUGUUAGGCUGUGCUUUUAGGAGAAAAAGCAGAAACAGUAGAGCCAUCAAGUUACUUACUUGCCUU